UGGUGGUGGUCGUGUCGUCGGAGAUUAACGACAACAGACGGACUUCACUCGGUGGAGGUAAAGUAUUGGCAACGAACGGAAAUUGCCGAAGACGUCUCGACAAGAAUCGGCUGCAAUCUUAGUUGAGAAGUGUGCUGCUUGCUUAUCAAGAGGAUGGGGGAAAUGACUUAGCUGCUUAUAAAUGCUCCUCUGCAACAUGGAAAAUGGAUGAAGACUAUAGCUUUUAUAGUAUGCAGACUGUCUGGAGUUCCCAGAAUUGUAGAUUUAACGGCAUUUGAAAUAUUUUGCAAGCAGUGGAAGUGUCCGCGGCGUUAGACGCGUUGGACUUAGUGUGGGGGAGAGAGAAGUCGACCAAGGUGUGCUUCUUGUGUGGAGCUGCCGAACCACGGACCACCGUGGCUUGGACGUAAUCACAGCUGGGUUUUUUUAAAGCAAUGGGUGGAUGUAGUUCGGCCCUAAUCAUUUCUAUGUGUGGACUUGUGUUCUUGGAUGUAUCUUUCGCUGCUCAUUACACGGAUAAGUGGGCAGUUCACAUUGAAGGAGGUGUACAUGCGGCCAAGUCUUUAACUGAAAAGCACGGAUUUAUUUUCUUGGGAGAGAUCAUGCCCGACUUCUAUCAUAUACAACAUAAAAAAGUAGCCAAGCGAUCUAUUUAUGCCAGUAAAUCUCAUCAAGUGGCCUUAGCAGCAGAACCACAGGUGAAAUGGAUAGAGCAACAAAUUUCAAAACACAGAGUCAAAAGAAAUGUUAACUUUAACGACCCAAAGUGGAAUAUGAUGUGGUAUUUGAAUCGUGGACAUGGUCUUGAUAUGAAUGUUAGAAGAGCCUGGGAAAGAGGUUAUACAGGACAAGGCGUUGUUGUAACUAUUCUAGAUGAUGGGAUUGAAAGAGAUCAUCCAGAUCUUAGGAGAAAUUAUGAUGACCAAGCUAGUUAUGAUGUAAAUGACCACGAUCCAGAUCCAACACCACGUUAUGAUUAUACAAAUGAAAAUAGACAUGGUACAAGGUGUGCAGGUGAAGUUGCUGCUGAGAAAGAUAACCUUAUUUGUAGUGUAGGUGUAGCAUAUGAUGCCAGUAUUGGAGGCGUUCGAAUGCUCGAUGGUGAUGUAACAGAUUCUGUUGAAGCUCAAUCAUUAAGUCAUAAUCCACAACACAUUCAUGUAUACAGUGCUAGUUGGGGACCUGAUGAUGAUGGUCGAACUGUUGAUGGACCAGCUACUCUAGCAAGGAAAGCCUUUUUUGAUGGAAUCACAAAGGGACGAGGAGGUUUGGGAUCAAUAUUUGUCUGGGCUUCAGGCAAUGGUGGCCGGGAUGGAGACAGCUGCAACUGUGAUGGUUACACCAAUAGUAUUUAUACCUUAUCUAUCAGCAGUGCAACUGAAAAUGGUAAUAUUCCAUGGUAUUCAGAAGCCUGUUCAUCCACACUAGCAACCACUUACAGUAGUGGGUCCAGUAUGGAGAGACAGAUUGUAACUACCGAUCUGAAAAGAGGUUGCACUGAAACGCAUACUGGAACAAGUGCUAGUGCUCCUUUGGCUGCUGGUUUAUGUGCUUUGGCAUUACAAGCAAAUUCAAUGUUAACAUGGCGGGAUAUGCAACAUAUAGUUGUUAUGACAGCUAAACCUGAAAAUCUACGUGCUCAAGAUUGGCUUAUAAAUGGAAUUGGCCGUAAAGUGAGUCAUUCUUUUGGAUAUGGUUUGAUGGAUGCUGCUGAAAUGGUAUCUUUAGCCAAAAACUGGACCACUGUGCCAAAACAACAAGUAUGUGAAAUCCGUUAUCCUGAAAAAAGCAGAGUUGUCCCUCCAAAUAGCAGAGUGACUGCUGCUCUUUAUUCUACUGGCUGUGAAGGAAGAAAUAACCAUGUAAAAUAUUUAGAACAUGUGCAGGCACGUGUUACAUUAACAUCAGACCGUCGAGGAGAAAUACAAAUUUUCUUAACUUCACCAAUGGGGACAAGAUCAACCUUGCUUGCUCGAAGAACCAGAGAUACUUCACAAGAUGGAUUUAGCAAUUGGGCUUUCAUGACAACACAUAAUUGGGGAGAGUUUGCCAAAGGAACUUGGAUGCUAGAAAUUGAGAAUGGAGCAAGUGCAUCAGAAUUACGAGAAUGGGUUUUGGUCAUUCUUGGCACAAAGGAACAUCCUCGACAUCGUAAUGUUACUCCAGAAACAUCACGCAUGAAUCAGCAAUUUCAGUCUGUAUAUACUUGUGCUGGUGAAUCUCCUAGCAGUAGGGUCUGCAUAGAAUGUCGUGUGGGGUUCUAUAAGUUGGGUAGCAAAUGUGUUGCCACCUGCCCAGUACAGUAUUACGGUUACGUUGAAAUUGUUUCAUCACAUAAUGGCAAUUCAAAUAAAACAGUUGCUACGUGUCGCAAAUGUCACCCAGCAUGCAAUAAAUGCAAAGGAGGAAGAAAUACUGAUUGCUUCGAAUGUAAUCCUGAUUAUAUUCUAGAAAGCAGACAAUGCAUUCCAAAAGAAUUCAUUGAAUCUAUGAGUCCUUACAAAUUCCUCAUUUGGUUUGCAUCAAUUGUUGUCAUGCUCUUUGUCUUUUAUUGUGCGUUUAGGUUGUGCCCACAAUACCUAAAGCAACAAGAGAAGCAAAGUAUUGAUCAACAACCAUCUCAAGAAAUGUCUAUGCCACCAGCACCACCAUCACCACUCCAGAAUACUUGGUCAACAUGUAACCAUUCUCACCAACCUGUGGAACAAGGCUUUUGAGCUCUCUGAAAUAUCAAAGUAAUUACUUCCUCAUCAAAUUGGCCAAAUGAAGAUUUUGGUCUCUUGUAGGCACAACUCCAAGGAAUACUCUUACUAGCCUGCCAUAUUGAAUCGUUGUCCAUUCUCAGUCACAUUUUGGGUGGGAAAUUUAAAUGCCAAAACAUUGGUAAAUGUCUAAGUCUCAAGAUGACAAUACACAACUAUCUUGGACUCUUAUAAUGUUAUUUUGACAGCUCUGUCAUACCUUAAUACAUUAGCAAUCUCUGUCUCUUUCAUGAUCACACACAAACACACAACACCUAAAGCAACGAGAGAUGUGUGUGUGUAUGUGUGUGUGCAGUAACACAUACAUACACAUUCUAGAAAUGAACAAAAACCAAUUAGUGUAAAUGCACUUAAAACUAAAUUUCCUGUCAAAUUAGGAAAUUCAACUGGUAUUUAUAUUUGAGGGGGAAAAAAAAGAAAAAAAUUCAUGUAAUAUUAAUAAUUAAGCCAAUUACUAAUGUUAAAGUUGCUUUCAAUUGAUAGUAUUGCCAAGUCUAUAUAAAGAAUAUAGCAUAUUGUAUUCUAAAUUAUUGCUAUGUUGUGCGUAAAAGCAUGAUCAAGAUCAGCUAUGUGUAAGGUGUGGUUAAGCUUGGGCUUACUCUAAAUUAUAUCCCUGGAUGAGAUGUUGUGCUAGUCCAGGCAGGCUGGGGAAAAGCUCUCAAUUCAGAUGCAUCCAUUUACUCUUCUAUGUUAAAUCAAGCUUUCAAACUUCAUCAUAAAGCUGUGUCCAAUACAGAAUAAUCUGAUGUUUAGGAGUAAUAAUCUUUACAGAGAAUAAAUACAGAGGGAGACAUAGUUCACAUAGGCCCUUUGCAUUCAUUCUUGAUUGAUGACUUCAAUCAGAAUCCAAACGCCAAAAUAUUUCAGAUUUUUAAAAGGGAAGCUGUAUGAUCAAUUAUAUCUUUUUGAAAUAAGUGAGAUGAAAAUGUUAUGAUGGAUCUUCAAAUGUGAGCCAGAAAAUGGAUUAAAUGAAAUUUAGGAAAUUAAAGUCAUUGAGAUACACCUUUUGUCGCAGUAGAUUUAGGUGAUAUAAUAAUCAUAUAGAGAUAAUCUUAGUAAGAAUUGAGUGGUAAAAUACUAUUCACUUGAUAAAAUAUUAGUCACUUGCUACAUAGUAGAGACACUAAAAAAAAAGAAAAACCUAUGGAAAAAUUAGAUUGCAGAUAGCUUAAAGCACUCAGCCUUGAUGUUAACAAUAUAAAUAAAUUGGGAUCAAAUAUUUCAGUCCUUUUCAAAAUAAAGGGCUAAUGGGACAUAUAAAAGUAUUAAGAUUUGUAUUGUGUGAAGGCAUUGUAAUUAAAAAUAGAAAUUACUUGAUACAAUUAAGGUUAUGUAUCCUUUAAUUCCAACCUACUUAUGUUGGAAAGAAACAAUAUGGAUAGAAAACCAGAAUAGGAAUCCUUAAUUCUGCUUCCUACAAAUAAUCCCUAGACUUCAGAGAAUAACUUUAUUAUAAUAUAGUUGUUUCAUUUUGGAUUAUUUUUAAUGUUUUGUACAUUCCUAAGAUUGGCAGAAACCUUAGAGUGCUAGACUAGAACUAGUUUUAGUAAUUUCUUUUUGGGGCCCUGUUUUCAAAUCCUAUGCAGGAUGGCUCAGCCUUUCAUCUGUCCAUGAUUUAAAAAUAAGUAUUGAUUCAAUUGGUUAUAAAACCCACUUUUAGACCAACUAGCUUAGUGUCUAGUCACAAUCAGUAUUAUCCAAUAUAGUCUUCAUUUUUAAAUAGUAGUUUUUCAUUGAUUCAGAAAAUCCCUCCAGAGGCCUUCAGGAAGUGGAAGGAUUAGAAAAUUAAAUGAAAUUAUUAAAGUAAAUUUUUCAUUAUAGAUUCUAAAAGUUGGUAAUCAGAAGUAAUAGAUGAUAUAUGAAUAAAUUUUGUUUAUAUAGAGCUACAUUAAUAUGAAAACAUAAAUUAGCUCCAUGAUUUUUUUAAGUCCAAGGAAGAUUACAGCAGCCAUAGACCUCUCUACCAUUUCCAGACAAUGUGGUUGAUGUAGGUGAUGUUUUGUUUGAACUUCUGCAUGUUGAUGCCUGUAGAGAAAAAGUGAGAACUGCAGUUCUGGGGAGAAAGAAUCGGCUGAAGUAUUUCUUGGCAGACUUUCAGCUGUCAUUAGUAUUCUUGUUAAUUAUAUUAAAUGGAUAAAAACCUGGAGAACUGAAUAUAAUGUGUGACAAAGCCUAAUCCAGAAAAAGUGUCUAUAAGUAAAAGAAUUUAUUCUUAAAAUGGAAAGAAAAUUCUUUAGAUUUUUGUACUUUACUGAACUUGUACUAUCUUUUUACGAAUGCAUUCUGUUUAAGGUUGUGAGUUACAAAAAGAUGUAAUACACAUUUUUUUUUAAUGAAUCUCUCUGGCUAGUAAUUUAGUACAAUUUGGCUCUUCCAUUCCUUACAAUAACAUAAUACACAGUUGUCGUCAAAUUAGUUUUAUUCUUCAGAAAGAUAGAAUAUUUCUGAAUUCUCAGUCGCAACUGUGUAAAUGCUCUUUUAAAAAUAUGUAUGUAAAAAUUUAAAAAAUAAGUAUUUUAGAAAACUUCCAUUUAAAAAAAAGAUCUGCUUAAAAUGAUUUCACAAAAAUGACUGCAUUUGAAGUCCUCCUCCUCCUAAUUUAAGGCAGUGCCUGUUUACAAAGUAUAACAAUGUUUAUACAUUUACAAAUUUCUCAAAGCUGAAUUUCCACUGGAUAUUUAGCCAUCCAUCCUAAAAUCUAAGGAAUCUUCCAUCUGACUAUAUUAAGUCAUCCACCUUAAGUGUUGUAUUAAAGUUCCUGGAAAUAUCUUGUUAUAUUUUCAUACUGAUUCUUACAGAAAAUUAUUCUUUGUCUACAUAUCCCAUGUUUUCAUAUCUGGCAUUUAAGCUAUCUUAAAGACUUCUUGUUCCUUUCAAGGAGGACUUGUUUAGCCUAGUUUGGUAACCGAGUUACAUUGGGUUACCCACUAUAUGAAAGCUCAAUAUAUUUUGUACAAUUUGAGUAAAUAUUUUUUUCUAGUCUUUGUUUUUAUAUUUUAGCUUUUGUAAUACAACUUCCUAAUUUUGAUUCUAAGUCUGCUUUUUCUAUGCUGGCUGUGUGAGAAAAUGGUAAUGGGUUAAGUGUGGCAUGACUUUGCAUCAUUUCUAUCAUUCUAAUUUUGGCUGUUUCUGCUGUCUCAGGGACUGCAUUGACACGUACAACUAAACCAUUGUCACCCAGCAUUAAAGAUUACUUUUCAAUAUCAUUCCACCUACUAAAUACCAUUUGUACAAACAAACUGAUGAUCUCAAUAAAAAUACAUUUUUAAAAAGAAA